GGGUUGAGAUAACGACUCAUAUCUACACAACGACCCCAGGUAGGGUGCACCACUCUAGUCCCUACAUUAAAGUGGGCAUGUGAUCAAGAAUCCAUUACUAGAGAUACUCUUACUCAUCACAGCAGAAGGAAGCAGUACAGCUGUUCUUCAGGGCUGCACAAAGAUGCCGGGUUCAAAAUGGACUCUCUUAAUUGUCCUUUUCUCUCUCUGCAAGGUUUUGGUUUGUUUGCCGCCAGGAUUUGAUCGGAUAAAUCCAAUACAAGUACCAGAAAACACACCUGCAGGUACCGCUAUCGGUGUUCUGACUGUGAGAGAUGCAACCCCUUCCCACGUCACAGUGACAAUGUCAACGACAACACAACAAUACGUGUAUUUAAAUCAGCAUACCAGCAUCUCUGGCUUCUAUAACGCCAGUAUAUAGUUCUGCAGAGACAACUGGACUACGAAACAGAUGGAAGCUCGCUGAGACUGCUCUUUACAGCCACAAAUCCAUCAACUCCGGACGGAGUCCGUCAAAACGUGAUAGUCAUCAUCACAGACGUCGAUGACGUCCACCCACGGUUCCUGGGGCUGCCCUACUCCGUCUCUGUCCCAGAGAAUGAACCCAUCAACACUGUCAUCUUAAUAGCCAGAAGUACUGAUCCAGACACAGGGAUAGGGGGUUUAGUUAACUACACCAUGAAGACAUCACAUGCGGAUUACAGAAGCAAGUUUAGAGUAUCCAGGGCGGGGGACGUGACACUGAUUGGAGGCCUGGACUACGAAACACUCAGUUUCUAUCAGUUUACAAUUGUUGCCACUGAUGGAGGAGGCCUGACCAGCGAGGCCCAGGUGUUUGUGACCGUAACAGAUGUCCAGGAUAGUCCACCAUACUUUACUGGCGGGCCUUACUUACCUGAUAUCUGGGAGGACCAUGCUGUGAACAGCAAAGUCGUGACCAUCUCAGCACUUGACAGAGACAGAGGCAAUCCGAACAACAUCACCUACAGGAUCACAGAUGGCACAUGUCCUGGAUAUUUCAACAUCAACCCAACAAAUGGAACCAUUGACCUGAUCAAGGAUGCGGACAGAGACAGCGGGACAGUUCUCCAGAACAACGGGAUCUGUGUUAUCAAUGUCCAGGCUGUGGAGGUGACGUCCUCGGGUACAUUCGGUGCUACCGCCAACGACACGGUGACGGUGACAAUCAAGGACAAGAACGACAACUCUCCCACGUUUAGCAGCUCCCACUACGAGGCUACCAUCCAGGAAAACAUGCCGGCAGGGAUACCCAUCACCUUCACGACACAACCAGUACAUGUAGAGGAUUUGGACCAGGGGGACAACGCCAAGCUAUCGCUGACACUGGAUUCAUAUUCAUCGAUGUACUUCGAGAUUGUCCCGUCCACUGUCCAGGGGUCCACAAACCUGCUGAUCAGAGUGAAGGAUAACAUCGUCCUGGAUUAUGAACAGAGACAGAGCAUUACACUGACGGCUUGGGCCAAUGAAACCUCCACACGAGAGAGAAACAGUGCAUCUACCACCAUUCAGCUGAAUAUAACAAAUCAGAAUGACAACAUUCCCAACUUUACCGUGUCAGAAUACAGCGCAUCUGUCCGGGAGGGUAGCAGCGUCUCCACAUCUGUCAUCAGCGUCAAGGCUAUAGACAGGGAUCUGCCGAACUUCGGAUUUGUAUCUUAUGCACUACGGGAUGGCGACGGAAUGUUCUCCAUCGAUUCCUCUGGUCUCGUAACUGUGGCCUCUGACCAGCUGGACAGAGAGACCAAGUCUGUGUACUACAUAUCGGUGGAGGCCACAGACCCCGGAGGAUUGAAGGACACCGCUCAGCUCACUGUCAGCAUCACGGACGUCAACGAUAAUGCACCGGUAUUCAGAAGAGACUACGACGGGUAUUUGAAAGAAAAUGAAACCUCCUUUAGUAAACCAAUCAUUGUGUCGGCCACAGACGCCGACAUUGGGGUCAAUGCCCAGGUGAGGUACAGCAUCAGCCGGACCUACCCCAUCGGCCUCGACUCCCACUUCGCCGUGGAUGGUGUCACCGGUGUCCUCUCCGUGGUCGUUCCUCUCAUGAACAGUGACACUAGCCAGGUUGUUGUAUCGGUGCGGGCCACGGACUCUGGCACACCUCCACUAUUCUCUGAUGUUAAUGUUACAAUUAGUCUCCUGACACCUGCACGAACAUGUAGAGAAACAGAUUGCCGUCACAACUUUACAAAUUGCGAGUUGGCCAGAUGUGACGAUCCCGCCCACCCAAUAUGUGUGCUGUGUCGGGGAGGUCAUACCCUCUUCCAUGGACAGUGCAGGGCGUGUCCACCCCACACACCCAUCCUGCACUGCGAGGAGGAGGAGACACCAUCCAGUUGCUUCUUCAGGAGGUGCAGCAGGUGCGAGCAGGGAUUCUACCGAAAAGCUGGUGCUUGCGAGGUAUGCCCUCGCCCCCAUGCUGGAUGCCGUGAUCUGAUCUGCUCCUCCGCCACCGACGUCCGCUGCACCAGCUGUUAUCCGAGCUUCUAUCUCACAGGAAACACCUGUUCAGAAUGCCCUCAAACGGGACCUGACUGCCAAGAAGUCGAGUGUACAGGUCCUCGACAGGUGACCUGCACGAAAUGCAAAGACGGGUUGUUCUUCUUUAACAACCAAUGCACAGCCUGUCCGUCCACGAUCCUGAUCCCUGAUUGUGUAGACGUUGCCAGAGACGGCUGCUUCAAACACUGGUGCAGGAAGUGUGCUCCUGGCUUCUUCAUCAGCGGAACAGUCUGUGAUGUCUGUCCCCUCCCUGAUGCGGGAUGUCAAGCAGCAGAGUGUAACUCCUCCUCAUCAUAUUCGAAUUGUGUACGCUGUUUCCAUGGUUACCAUCUACAAGGAGGAUUAUGUCAUCAUGACUCCAGUCAGUGUGCGGAUCAUCCCAAGGCCGACUGUGCCUCUCUACAGGCAUCGCUCAACGUCUGCUCAGAACCGUGUACGGCCUGCCACUACUGCCCCCGGUACUGCAACAUGUGUGACACGUGCACCCAAGGCAUACCUAUCAUUGGCUAAUGACGUCUGAACCAGGAUAUAACGUUUACCUAAUAUUACAAAUUGAAUGAAUACUUGUUACAGAAAUUAAUAAAGCCAAAGUAAAUACCCA